UUCCGGGCAUCCUUUUUCCUUUGCAUGCGGCGCUGGGUGCCGAAUUUUAAACAGCCAUGGCCCGUCGGGUCUGGCGUCAGCGGGCCCUGAAGCGGUGUCUGAACGAAGUUGACAAAAACACAGGCCGGCCUGAGUGCUUCCUCACGACUCAGGAUGAACUGGCAUCAAACUUCACUUCUUUAACAAAAGUACUUUACGACUUUAACAAAAUCCUAGAGAAUGGCAGGAUCCACGGAAGUCCUUUACAGAAACUGGUGAUAGACAAGUUUGAUGAUGAGCAGAUUUGGCAACAGCUGGAACUUCAGAAUGAGCCGGCCUUACAGUACUUUGAGAAUACAGUCUGUGAAGCCCUUAACGAUGAAGACAUCAGUCUUCUCCCAGAGAGUGAAGAGCAGGAGGACCAAGAGGACAGCUCAGAGAUGGAGGCUGACAGCCAGGGGGACCUAGAACAGCACGUGAAGGAGGAGGAGGAGGAUAAAGUGUCAGACCUGAGUGGUGAUGAACCUGAAGGGGAUGAGACGGCCAAACGCCCGAGUGAACAUGGUCUGCGGAAAAGCCCAGUUUUCAGUGAUGAGGAUUCCGAUCUUGACUUUGACAUCAGCAAAUUGGAACAGCAGAGCAAGGUGCAAAACAAAAUGCCCAGGAAGCCAAGAGAAAAGUCCAUAGUGGAUGAUAAAUUCUUCAAACUGUCCGAAAUGGAGACCUUUUUAGAAAACAUGGAGAGAGAAGAGGAGCAAAAAGAUGAUGCUGAGGAGGAAGAGAUUGAUUUAUUUGAAGAUGUUGACUCCGAUGAAGAUGAGGGAGGACUGUUUGGAAGUCAGACACGAAAACUUAAGUCAGGUAAAAGUUCCAGGAACCUGAAAUACAAAGAUUUCUUUGAUCCAGUUGAAAGUGAUGAGGACGGAGCAAGUGCUCAUGAUGAAGAACUGGGUUCGGAGGAAGAAGAGGAAGGAAUUCCUGACGGAGGAGGAGACAACAGCCUGUCGGAAACGGACGAAGAUAAUGACCUUGAAGAAGCUGAAGACAAUAAACCACAUAAAGAAACCUCGAAAAGAGUCACCUUUGCUUUGCCAGAUGAUGAGGAAAUGGAAGACACGAAUAUCUUCAAUGUGCAGAAAGAUUCUACUGAAGUUAAAUCUUCUUUUGAAAAAAGACAGGAAAAGAUGAAUGAAAAAAUUGCAUCUUUAGAAAAAGAGUUGUUGGAAAAAAAGCCCUGGCAGCUUCAGGGGGAAGUGACAGCACAGAAGCGGCCGGAGAACAGCCUUCUGGAGGAGACGCUGCACUUUGACCACGCCGUCCGCAUGGCGCCUGUGAUCACGGAGGAAACCACCCUGCAGCUAGAAGACAUCAUUAAGCAGAGGAUCAGAGACCAGGCUUGGGAUGACGUGGUGCGGAAAGAGAAACCUAAAGAGGAAGCGUACGAAUAUAAAAAGCGGCUAACGCUGGACCACGAGAAGAGCAAGUUGAGCCUUGCUGAGAUUUACGAACAGGAAUACGUCAGGCUCCACCAGGAAAAAAAAGAAGAAGAAGAAAAUCCAGAGCACGUGGAGAUCCAGAAGAUGAUGGACUCCCUCUUCUUAAAACUGGACGCCCUCUCGAACUUUCAUUUCAUCCCUAAACCGCCCGUCCCCGAGAUUAAAGUCGUGUCGAACCUGCCGGCCAUAACCAUGGAGGAGGUGGCCCCAGUGAGCGUCAGCGACGCAGCCCUCCUGGCCCCGGAGGAGGUCAAGGAGAAAAAUAAAGCUGGAGAUAUAAAAACUGCUGCUGAGAAAACAGCCACAGACAGGAAGCGAGAAAGGAGGAAAAAGAAAUACAGGAAGCAUAUGAAAAUAAAGGAGAAGGAAAAACGGAAGAAACUUCUGGAAAAGAGCAACCCGGACCAGACAGGGAAGUACAGCAAGGCCGCCGCUGCGGAGAAGUUAAAGCAGCUGACCAAAGCAGGCAGAGCUUCGCUGUUAAAGGAUGAAGGUAAAGACAAAGCCCUGAAGUCAUCUCAAGCAUUCUUUUCUAAAUUACAAGAUCAAGUAAAAAUGCAGAUCAGUGAUGCCAAGAAGACAGAGAAGAAAAAGAAGAAAAGACAGGACAUUUCUGUCCAUAAAUUAAAGCUAUAAUAGACUUUGACUGUGAUGGAAAUAGGAACGAAUAUGUUUAUAUUCUGCCAGGGUUCUGUUUUAUAAAUAAAGACUUGGGGAACUUUC